CCCGGCGGGGACAGACUCGCGUGGGGCAGCGCGAAUGCGCCACGCGGGUCCCCGCUCCCGGGCCGUGACUCCAGGGCGCUGCCGCCCAGCUGCCGAUGCCCCGGGCGGGGCAGCUGCCGGCGAUGCUGUGCUGCAUGCCCGGCGUGGCUUUCGUCCCCGCUUUGCUCGUCAGCUGGUCCUCGGCCGCCUUCAUCAUCUCCUAUGCGAUCGCCGUGCUGGCAGGGCACAUCGAGCCCCUCGUCCCCUACAUCAGCGACACUGGAACUAAACCUCCAGAGAGUGGUGUCUUCGGUUUUAUGAUUAAUAUUUCAGCCCUUUUAGCUGCAAUUACAAUGUACAUCAGAUAUUUAUUAACAGAGAAGCAAAAUGAGACAUCACACUUUGUUAGGUCUUCAUGCAAUAUGUUUACAUUAUGUAUUGGAUUGAUGGGCUGCACUGGAAUGGGCAUAGUUGCAACUUUUCAGGAGCUGGCUGUUCCCAGUGUCCAUGACAUAGGAGCUUUGGUGGCAUUUGGCUCGGGUGUUGUAUACAUUACACUUCAGUCCAUAAUCUCUUACAAGUCCUGCCCACGAUGGAACACUUACUUUGUGUGUCACAUAAGGAUGGCCAUAUCUGUAAUAUCAUGCAUUGCUUUCAUUCCCAGUAUCCUUUAUGUUUCCUUUACACUGUUUUUCCCAGUGAUUGUGUUCGCUUCAAAAAUUUCCAUGACAAAAAUUGAUUGGACCCCAGGUGAAAAGGAUUAUACUUACCACUUUAUGAGUGCAAUCUGUGAAUGGACGGUGGCCUUUGGUUUCAUCUUCUUCUUUUUAACAUUCAUUAGAGAUUUUCAGGGAUUUUCUUUAAGGAUAUCAACAGAAAUACAUGAAGACUGCUGAUAGUGAAAAAACCAAUAUGUUAUAUCUAUGAAUAUUCUAGGUUUCUUUUGACUUACAGAAAAUGUGGCAGAGGGACAGGGAUUGAUAAGUUUGUAUGGAGAACCCAUGCCAUUAACUCUGCAACAGCAACCACUAAAAGAUUUUAAAAUCUCACAGCAAAGUUCCUGCUGCCUUUUUGCAGCAUUUUGUAAUUUUAAAAGGUUUGGUACAUUAAAAAUACUGUAAUAAAAGCAAUAUCUAAAAGCACUGGAAAAUCAUUCAAGGACUUGAUCUCCUCAGCUCUUCCAUUUUGGACAUAUCUGUACUUUUUCAUUUGCUGUAGUGUGAUUAGUAGCAUUAGUUUUAAACUUGAGAAUGUACCUUUUGCAAAGAGGGAAGUGUAAAGGCAACGGAAAUCACUAGGACUGAAUUCCUACUGUUAAGUUGCAAGGGCUGUAGAGGAUGGUGAGAGCAAGAAUGGGCAUCUUUGUUUCAAGACCAGAAAUUUGAACUUAGUAGGUGGUAACACUAUGCAUAUUUCUGAUACUGGGCACUAUAAUGCAAAUGCAAAUCCUGAAAGAAAUUUAAACUAUAUUGCUUGGAAAAUGUUAUCUAAUCAUUACUGCAAUACAUGUUGUAAAAAUCCACCCCUUUUUUCCUUUUAUGCACUGAUGGUCGUAGGAAACAUAAAACAGAAGGGAGAAUAGAAAGUAAAUUACAUUCAAGUGUUAUGUAUUAAAGAGAAAUCUUACUGCAAUUUGGUUAAUAUAUAGCAGAAUUUUCCAGCCUGUAUUUUAAUCUAGAAUGGAGUGAAGAAGGUCUCAAAAAAAGUCUUUGGGAAUGAAUGGAAAAUAAGAAGAGGCACCAGCAGUUUUCAGUUGUUUAUAUAUAUAUAUCUUUUUUAUAUAUAAAACUGAAUUAAAAAACAAACCUGGAGAGCAUCUGUAGUGAAGAUAUUUGCUGCUGUAGUUACUUCUGUGAUGAAAGACUUGGAAAGGAACUAAUUGAGAAGUCAGAUGUUACAAGUAUCUGCAGGCAAAAGGUUCUUUCAUGGACUGAUUCACCACCUCCAUUCAGUGCAUUAACCUCUUGGUUGUCAAUUAAGUACUCUGCAAAUUACAUUUUCCACACUAUCACAGUUUAUGCAGAAAUAUUGAUGAUUUUCAGUUGCUAAUAUCCACAAGAUAAAACUAAUGUGUGUUUUGGGAAGUGAUGUCAUCUGUUGAUAUUUCUUUUAAUGUGUAUUUUAAACUGUAAUAAAUUUAGCUGUUUCACAACUUAAA